GAAAUGGCUCUUCUCCUGCCCGCCGCACUCACGCGCAGUCAUCGCACCAACGAGAGCAGCGACAGCCGCCACAAUCUGCAUUCGCGCUAUCGCGACUCCUACAAGCACAAUCGGGAUCAUGAAUACUGCGUGGAGUUCGAGGUCAUCAAGGCAUCCAAGGCCUGCCACAAGCUGCCGCCCUACAACCUGAUGCUGGAGGGUGAUCGCAUAACUGUGCGCUGUGACCUCGAGGCGCUGGUGCAGGACAAAGAUGCUGAGGCUGCUGUGGGGAAGGCGGGCAGCAGAGGCGCAACAGCAACAACAACAACAACAACAACUACAACGCAUAAGACUCUAAUGGCACAGCCAUAUCUAACAGAGGAGGGCGAGGAGAACAGCAGCAGCAGCAACAGCAAUGACAAUGACGAUGAUAACGAGGACGAGCAGGAGCAGGAGCAGGAGGAGGAGGAGGAGGACACCGAGGAGGAUGAUGCACAAAAUAUGCUCGACUCCGAGGCGGAUGGCGAUGCGGAAGCGGAAACGGAAGCGGAGGCGGAGGCGGCCAGCCGCGAGAGCUAUGGCUACAAGCACCAGAGGCCAUCAUCGCAUCAUCCACGCGCUGCAACGUCCAAGCGCAGCGCCAGUGCUGCGGCGCCCAUGUUGCCGCCGGCGCUGCAGCCACAACAGCAACAGUUGCUGCUCAACUAUCACUGCCGCGGCGAGGGGCUGUCGGGUCGCACGACGCGCUGGAGCGCGUUGCCGGCGCCGUCAUGUCGCGGCAAGUGGCUGCGCCUGACCAUCGGCCCACCCAAGAAAUGCAACCACGCGCAAUUCAUAUUCGUCUAAGCAGCUGCCACAGCAGGAGCAGUAUUCGCAGCCAUCCAAUGCAAUAAUUGGAUAAAUAUUCACUUUUUUUUUUUAAAUCUGAUCGAGGACGUCAAUAUAUAUGUGUAGGGUAUACGCGUAGUCUAUGUAGCGAGUUCAUCAAACCCAAGAGCCCAUCCCAGAGCCCAAGCCUAUCUCUCCAGUUCCCAUUGGGUAAUAGCCAUACAUAAUUAACGGCUUACGUUAUAACGGCUAUAA